GCUCAGGACUUGGUCUCUGCUGUCACCCCUCCAUGUUACCGACCCUUCCCUGCCUGACCUCUGUCUGUUGGCUUGGCAUGACCCGCAGUAUUCUGUUAGGAAUUUCCAUUCCUGUUCUAAUUCCCUGAGAGCCCCACACUGAAUGGCAAAUGGCGUUCCCUGUGCCUGUUUUUGCCCAGGUCAACUACAGGCAGAGCAUCGACAAACUGAAGUACAGCUCCGUGACAGACACACCUCAGAUUGUUCAAGCCAAAAUCAGUUCCCAGCAACUGAGCCACGUGAAGUACAAAGAAGGCUGGCAGAAGACAAAGGGGAGAGGGUUUGAAAUGAAGAUGGAUGCCAUGUCUCUGUUGGCCGCCAAAGCCUCGGGGGAGCUUGCUAGCAAUAUUAAAUACAAAGAAGACUAUGAAAAAACAAAAGGCAGAGCCCUGGGAACCACUGACUCUAAACUUCUGCAUUCUCUUCAGGUGGCCAAGAUGAGCAGUGAGGUUGAAUAUAAGAAAGGGUUUGAAGAGAGUAAGAGCCACUUUCACCUGCCCAUGGACAUGGUGAACCUCAGGCAUGCUAAAAAGGCGCAGGCUCUCGCUAGCGACCUCGACUAUAGAAAGAAACUGCACGAAUACACCGUGCUGCCUGAGGAUAUGAAGACCCAGUGGGCCAAGAGAGCCCACGGGCUCCAGAGUGAGCUGCAGUACAAAGCUGACCUGGCAUGGAUGAAAGGGGUCGGGUGGCUGACGGAGGGGAGUCUCAAUCUAGAACAAGCCAAGAAGGCUGGACAGCUCAUCAGUGAGAAAAACUACCGGCAGAGAGUUGAUGAGCUAAAGUUCACCAGUGUGACUGACAGCUCCCAGAUGGAGCACGCCAAGAAGAGCCAGGAGCUGCAGAGUGCGGUGGCUUACAAGGCCGGCAACGAGCAUUCUGUCCAUCAGUACACCAUCAGCAAAGAUGAGCCUUUCUUCUUGCAAGCCCGGGCCAAUGCUGCUCAGCUCAGUGAGACACUGUACAAGAGCAGCUGGGAAAGGCAGAAGGCGAAAGGGUUUGAGCUGAGACUGGACUCCUUGACAUUCCUGACGGCCAAAGCUAGGAGAGACCUGGCCAGUGAGGUGAGUCCUCCAGUCACGGAGCAGAGCACGUGAGUCCCUCAGUCAUCA